GUCUCUUUGAACAUACCAAUACGCGUCCACCCCAGGCUAUCUUGCUCUAUAUUUCAACCUCCAGCUUACGCUUUCUAAUGAAUUCUUCAGAAGUGAUCGGCGUACACUCGGAUAUGGCCAUCCAAUCGGGUGUUGACAUGGUGCCUGCCAUUUCAGCUGAGGCGGAAAAGAACUAUCGCAUUUGGAAGAAGAAUGCGCCUCUUUUAUACUCAUACCUUUCCACAACAUCGCUUUUAUGGCCUUCUUUGACGGUUCAGUGGUUUCCAGACUACGAAAUCAACCCGUUGAACGCGCGUGUGAGAAAACAGCGAAUGGCCUUGGGCACGUACACUGGCGGUCAGAUGGACGACUAUUUGCAGCUAGGGAACAUCCAUAUUAUCAACAACAGUACAGUCUCUGGGAGCACUCUGGAACCGCUCCUAUCGUUGGAGGACUGGGAAAACAACUACGAUGGGGACAAGGAAGAGUUUAUUGUUACAAAGCCCCUUGGCAACAGCAAUGGCGCCACCGCUAAAAACUCACAGCUGCUCCUCCAGUCUGCUAAGAAAUUAAGACUAGACAUCAUCCAGAAGAUCAAGACAGAAUGUGAAAUUAACAAGUUACGAUUCAUGCCUCAAAACCCCGAUGUCAUUGCCACGAUUAACAACCGGGGUGUGGUGAGCGUGUACGACAGAACCAAACACAAAUCUACGGCAGCCACCCUCGCCUCCCUGAUUUCCCCGGACACAUUUCAAGGCUUUUCAUCCCUAGGGGAUGAAGACAGGCCGGUCAUCACAUUGGACGCGCACAACUUCCAGGACGGCUGGGGGCUUUCGUGGAAUGUGCAGAACGAGGGACAGUUGCUAUCGGGGGCCAUGGACGGUAACGUGCGGUUAUGGGACAUUAAAAGGUCUUACAAGUCACAGAAGAGUAGUGGUCCGAUAUCGUUCCCACCCGCCCAGUCGUUCACAAUCAACGAGGCAAAGGGCGUCAAUGACGUGAAAUGGUUUGCUUUGCACGAUUCGCUUUUUGUCACGGCAGGGGAGGAUGGAUACUUGACGCUAAUAGAUAUUAGGGUCCCCCAAUCUUCAGCCAUGAACAGAAAUCAGCCACACCAUUUUGUGGGCAUUAACUCUGUGUCGGUCAGCCCGUUGAACAACUUCGUGGUUGCCAGUGGUGAUGCCAGCGGUAUCGUUAGCAUCUGGGACACCCGUAAUUGGAAGCAGGACCCAGCACAGGCCACACCGUACAAAACAUGGAAGGGUCACUCGGAGUCUAUCACCAAUGUGUCCUGGAACCCAACUUUGGGACACGUGCUUGCGUCGUCGUCACAAGACAAGACAGUCAAGAUAUGGGAUGUAGGACUCGACGAAAUUCGUGAGCCGCUUUUCAUUCACGGAGGGCACAUGUUGGGGGUGAAUGACUUUGAUUGGAAUGCCAACGACGAAUGGAUGAUUGGUAGUGUGGGAGAUGACAACUCCUUGCACGUCUGGAGAGCGAGUGACGAAAUCAUCAAGGGUUAUUUGUAAUCGGUAUUUUAAGGAUCAAUUACGGCGCAAGCCAAGGGUGAACUACAUAUAGCGAAAGGCUAACACGAUUAAAGAGCUCCUCUCAACACAGGUUACGAAAUUGGUACUGCUUUUAGGGGCUUUGUUAGCCGCUGUCAAUGUAAGCUACUCCAUAUAUACCUCUUUGUAUCAUACCCUGGCAGGUUUAUGUGCGUAUAGAG